AUGUGCAAUGGCUUCUGUAUAGUUUGUGUACAGUGUAUCACUAAUGACGCUCUGACCUGCAAUGGACUGGCGCACAACUGCACUGGGAACGAUACCGUUUGUAUGUCAGUUGUCACUGAGACCUCUACAGCAGUAGGAAAAACUACAACAACAUUUGAAAGAAGCUGUGGAAACUCUUUUCAGUGUCUUAUACCUGGCAGCAUGACUAGUUUUAAAAUGUCAACAAGAACCAACAACACUUGCUGUUACGAGGAUUUUUGUUCACCUAAAAGGCCUAUGUUGCCUCUGGUAAAUAUGGAUUAUAAUGAUAUCCAGUGUAAAACCUGUUUCGCCCAUGAUGUUAAGGAAUGCUCAGAUUUUGGAAUCUUGGACUGUACAGGAGAUGAACAGUCUUGUGUUAAAUACACAUUGACCGAUAACUCAGGAUUCACUUUUAUCUGGGGCUGCUCAACUAAGAGCUUUUGCAGACAAGCUUUUAGCCAACAAUUAAUAAGUGGACAAAACCUCACAGUGUCUGCAGAAUGUAGUGAUGAUAUAAAAACUAAAAGUUACACAGGGGAAAAUCCAGCUGCUUAUUGA